GGACACCGCCGAGACACCCGGGCUGCGGCGGUGGGCGUCCUGCUGCCGCAUCGCCCCCACCUUCCCGGCGCGGGAGCUGCCGGGCGCGGGGAGGCUCGGGGCCAUCGCUCAAGGACAUACGGUGGCCGCCACCAGCAGCACAAGCCAGGGGGGAACCUGCCGUGUCCCCCGUCCCCAGGAUGGGGUCAUGGGGGACCGCGCUCGGUGCCUCUGCGCAUCCCGCCCGAGCAUCCCUGGGGAUGCAGCCACCGGCCGCUGCAUCCCCAUGGGGACAGGGGACAAGGGACAGGGACCCCUCGGUUCUUCCCGGCUUUAAUCAACCCUCCGGGUGCCGAAUCCUGCCGGAGACGUCCCCAUCGAUGUCCUGACAGGGGGAAGAUUUAAUAAGGCCCAUUUACGUCGCCAUCGAUAGAAGCUAUUAGCGAAACGACCACGGAGAGAUGUUUAAUAAAAUAUUUACUGUCACCCGCUCCGGGGGCGGCUUCACCCACCCCAUCCCAGGUUGCCAAAAACUUUGCCAGGCCCCGGCACGGCUCUGGCAUCCCCGGCAGCACCGCCAUGAGAGGGGCCCUGGGAAACCAACCGCUUCCCCUCCCUCCCUCCCUCCCUCCCCUCCCUGCCCGGCUGCGUAUUUUUCUCCCCCGACCGAAGUAUUAAAAAGAAAUCGGAGCCCAUUUUCCUGCCAUAAAUUUGGCAGAAUGGAGAGAAAAUGAUCCGGCUCUGGAGGGGAGCCAACGGCCCCGGAUCCACACCGGGGAGCAGAGCCGGGGCGCUGGAGCCCGGCCACGCAGCCUCCGCGCCCGCAGGGAGCAGGGAAACGUCUUCCCCGGCUCCGGCGUGGAGGGAAGCCCAUGGCACCCGGCCCCCCGGACCCCCCCCACACCAAGCCCUGGCCCCGCAGCCCCUAACGCCCCGAGGGCCCCCCCGGCCGGUCCUGGGGACCCCAAGCAGGUCGCCCCCGCGCCGCUGAGCCAUGCGGGAUCACCCGGCCCCCUCCCCGCCAGAGCCAUGAGCGGCUGCCGGUACAAUGGGGGGGUGGCACGGCCACGGGGACCCCUGAGCUCCUCCGCUCGCACCCUGCACCCGCUGGAGGGUGAGACCCAGCCGCUGCGGCCACGCCAUCCCCCCGGCCUGGAGGUGGUGGUCUCACGGCCGGAGCAGCCCGGGGGUCCCGAUGCCAGCCCGGCAGCGGCGGGGCAGGAUGCGGCCGAGGAGCGGGGACGGGGACCGCGGAGAAACCAGAACAUCGGGUACAAGCUGGGACACCGGCGAGCCCUCUUCGAGAAGCGGAAACGCCUCAGCGAUUACGCCCUCAUCUUCGGGAUGUUCGGCAUCGUGGUCAUGGUCACGGAGACGGAGCUGUCCUGGGGGGUCUACACCAAGGAGUCAUCGUAUUCGUUUGCACUGAAAUGCCUUAUCAGCCUCUCGACCGUCAUCCUCCUGGGGCUCAUCGUCAUGUACCACGCCAGGGAGAUCCAGCUCUUCAUGGUGGAUAACGGUGCCGACGACUGGCGCAUCGCCAUGACCUACGAGCGCAUCUUCUUCAUCGCCCUGGAGCUGAUCGUCUGCGCCAUCCACCCCAUCCCCGGCCAGUACCUCUUCACCUGGACGGCCCGGUUGGCCUUCACCUACGCCGCCUCGGUGGCCGACGCCGACGUGGACAUCAUCCUCUCCAUCCCCAUGUUCCUGCGGCUGUACCUGAUCGGGCGCGUCAUGCUGCUGCACAGCAAGCUCUUCACCGACGCCUCCUCCCGCAGCAUCGGCGCCCUCAACAAGAUCAACUUCAACACCCGCUUCGUCAUGAAGACCCUCAUGACCAUCUGCCCCGGCACCGUCCUCCUGGUCUUCAGCAUCUCCUCCUGGAUCAUCGCUGCCUGGACGGUCCGCGUCUGCGAGAGGUACCACGACAAGCAGGAGGUGACCAGCAACUUCUUGGGGGCCAUGUGGCUGAUCUCCAUCACCUUCCUCUCCAUCGGCUACGGGGACAUGGUGCCGCACACCUACUGCGGGAAGGGCGUGUGUCUGCUCACCGGCAUCAUGGGUGCCGGUUGCACCGCUCUGGUUGUCGCCGUCGUUGCCAGAAAGCUAGAGCUCACCAAAGCGGAGAAACACGUGCACAACUUCAUGAUGGACACGCAGCUGACGAAGCGGGUGAAAAAUGCUGCUGCCAACGUACUCAGGGAAACGUGGCUCAUCUACAAACACACCAAGCUGGUGAAGAAGAUCGACCAUGCCAAAGUUCGGAAACACCAGCGUAAGUUCCUCCAAGCCAUCCAUCAGUUGAGGAGCGUGAAGAUGGAGCAGCGGAAGCUGAACGACCAGGCCAACACGCUGGUGGACCUGGCAAAGACCCAGAACGUCAUGUACGACAUGGUCUCGGAGCUGCAGGAACGUCACGAGGACCUGGAGAAGCGGUUGGGGGCCUUGGAGAGCAAGAUGGAGGCGCUGGGGCUGAGCCUGCUGGCGCUGCCGGGGCUGGUCAGCCAAGCCCUGGGGCAGCAGCAGCGCGAGCUCCUGGGGAGCUGGACCCCCCGCCUCUGCUCCGCCACCGCCCCUUGCACCCCCACCCGACCCCCCAGGUCCCCUUCCACCGCCCCCCCCACCUCCUCGGACAGCGGGUGAUGGGUUUAUUUUUAUUUUUGGGGGUGGUGGUGGUGGUGGUCGGGGGGGGGCAGAGGGGGGGGCGCCUCUUAUGUCUGGCCAUCGUGUGGCUGAUUUCAGUAGCUUUGUUCUGUAAAGCCCUGUAUAAAUUU